AUGGACACUGACAAACGCCGCAUCCAUCCACAAGGGCAGAUCACGGCUAUAUCCUACCAACUACCAGCCGGUGAGUUUGACAUGCAUUUGCUGCAAUCUGAUGGAAAAUUUAGUUGAAAAACCAAUCGCAUCGCUCGAUCCAUUCCGCUGUUACAUCAGUUCAGUUCAACAUGGCUUUUGUGAAAAGAGGUCAUGCCACACAAACAUGCUUACGUCGCCCGAACAUUGGUCAAGGACCAUGGACGAAGGACAUCCAGUAGAUGUCAUUUACUAUGACCUCAGAAAGGCGUUUGAUUUCGUCCCACAUAUGCGUCUCGUUCAAAAUUUGUCAGGAGUAGGCAUAAGAGGGGAUCUUUUGAACUGGACUCAAGACUUCCUAAACGGUCGUAGACAACAAGUAACUGCCGGUGGCUACUGCUCAGAGUGCGCACCCGUUAAAAGUAGGAUCCCACAAAGGUCCGUUCUUGGGCCGUUCCUAUUCAUUAUCUAUGUAAAUUAUCCAGUACGAGAAGUGAAAUCGGACAUAGCGCUCUUUGCAGACGAUCUUAAACUUUGGAUAGUGACAAAAGAUGAAGAUGUCGUCAAGAGACUACAAGCGGACGUAGAGACUAUUAACGGAUGGAGCGAGAAAUGGUACAUGAAUUUCAACGCCACAAAUGUGUAAUAAUGCACGUAGGUUCAGCAAAACGAAGAACAAAAGCACCUCACGACAGUGUCUUCUGGACAAUCAACAACUUUAGACCAUAGAUAUGCGAAAAAAUCUCGGCGUAUUCAUUAAAGACGAUCUAAGCGUCACCACGUAGUGCUCUAAAGUCGCAGUGCGAGCAGUAUCAGUCAUGCGCGCGAUACGCAGAACCUUUAUUAACUUGAAUACAUAUGUCCUUGGCUAGGUAUAUGGGGCAUUUGUGCAGCCGCACCUGGAAUAUGCGGUACAGGCUUGGCGGCCGUGGCUUCGAAAGGAUAUAAACCUCCUUGAGGAUGCACAACGACGUGUUGCAAAGGCUGCUCAUGACCGUAAAAAUUUUACGUACGGGCAUAGCCUGACGACCUUGAACCCCUAUUCCCUCCACUACAGGCAGGACACAUGUGACCUGAUCGCAAAGUUUCAAUUGCUAUGAGGACCUAGUCUGGAUGUCGACUGUGAAACGCUUUUUGAAAUGGCACCGAAGUCUAAUCUCAGACGGCGCGAGUACCAGCUUAGAAAGGAACUGUGCCACACAAAUCAACGUUCCUCCUUUUUCUGACAGAGGGUCACUCGUCACUGGAAUUCUUUGCCGAAGCCUGUUGCUAAUUCCCCUACCGUGAAUGUGUUCCAGACACAACUGGUUGAUCACCUCAUAAAAGACAACCCGAACUGCUGAUGACAUGAAGAUAUGGAGUGUGAUUCGGGGUUCUGCCCGACGAAGACAGACUGCCGAUGAGCCUGAAUCGGUUGGAGGAGUGGUCAAACCGUUGGCUCCUGCAUUUCAACGUUCGCAAAUGUAACAUACUUCGCCGUGGCAUCACAGCCAGAUCCGGCAGCACAAGAGACUACUUUCUGGACGGUGCAGCCCUACAAGAGGUCGAAGCCCAAAAGGACCUCGGUGUGAUGACCACGAGUCCCCUAAAGCCAUCCGCCCAUUGUUCUAGAGUGGCAAAAGGCACAGUGUCCGUACUGUGCGCAAUCAAGCGUGCGUUUAUGGACUUUGACGAGGACGCUUUAUCGGAGAAAUUCGGAGCAUUCAUCCGGCCGCAUUUGGAGUACGGCAUACAAGCCUGGAGACCGUGGGCAGUUGAGGAUCAAAACUGCCUCAGAAGAGUUCAGGGGAGAGCCACGAAGAUGGUUAGGGUCAAAGCUCCUUUCCUUAUGUAACCCGCCUAGCAAAUCUGAACCUCUUUCCUUUGAGUUACUGGCAACUUCGUGGGGAUCUCUUGCAAGCCUUCCGCAUUGUAAAGGGGUUGGAUUGCAGUCCGGCCUUCGAGGACAUUUUUGAAUUUGCUACAACGACCAACCUCCGAGGCCACCCGUCUAAACUGCGAAAUCAGCAGGCAAGGCUGUAUGUGCGGAAGUUCUCCUUCUCUGUUCGAGUGGUCAAACCAUGGAAUGCCCUCCCCGCAGAUGUUGUGAUGUCACCUUCUUUACAAAGUUGUAGAAAGAAUCUUGACAUAUUUAUGUUCCGAAAUGACCAAGAGCGAUGAGAAAUAGAGCUCACCCCCUGUAACUCGUUCUGAUUUUGUCCUACCAUUAUGGACGUGUUUGAACUAUUUCAGUCCAGAACAUUUAUCUGUAUAGCACACAUUUUUUGUGUUGCAAAUAGGGUAGUCAAAGACUUACGCCUAUUUCCCUCAAUAAACUGAACUAAACUGAACUUCAGGAAGACCACGGUUAAGUCCUUUCUCGCCCCAGAACUUUUAUACAAACUAGGUGGGUUGGCAGCCUCUCCCUUCUGCUUAUUCGAAGAAUACUUUGGAGCCCUUCAACAGAUAUUUCAUUCGGAGUCAAACCAGGCCGUGGAAAAACGGCGGUUCUUCAAUAAAACCCAACGGGAAGGUGAGAUUCUGAUGAAUGUCUACAUAGAAUUAAAAUACCUGUCGCUUCGCGCCUUUCCACCCCACGGCGACAAAGACCUAACGUUUUGUCGCAUGAUGUCGGGUAUAAGCGACCGAGAACUAGCAAUGAUUUUCACCAACCGUCCACCGGCCAACGUCAAGGAGGCUCUCGACUUGGACGCGGCUCGACGCACCCAAUACUCCUUGGCUAAGGAAUCUCACGCCACCAGAGGCCAACUACGUGCGGUCACCCACUCAACCUUCAAGGUCUGUCCACACCCUACCACACCCAUUUAAACCGCCCUUUCAACCUCCAAAGUUCCCAGGUCCGCCGAACAACACUCACUGUUACUAUUUCAACUGCUUCGGCACAGUCGCCAAGAAAUGCGGCCACAAUUCAGGCAACCAUCCCUUACCCCUGGCCACUUUGUACAUCCUUUCCCUUGAUUUCAAGCCAUUGACAAUCUCGGGCACAGUGGCAAAUAAGACAGUCAGCAUUCUUAUAGACACGGGCGCAGCCGUCUCCCUGAUUCACAUUAGCCUCAUCCAUGGACCAAACUAUAACCAGCCGGGAUUUCCUCAACUACAGAUUCUCACUGCUAACAAUUCCAUCCUCCAGCUCAGCGGCUCCGCCACAGUACCAGUCUUCAUCAAAGACAAAACUAUCCGACAUCGCUUCCUCGUGUACUCCGAACUCAAAUGGAAUGUCAUACUCGACUUUGAUUUUCUAAAACAGCAUGCUCAAGCCAUUACCUCCUCCCCACUUCUCCGUCCCUGA